AUGAAAAGCUUCACGAUCUUGCUCUUUGCAAGUCUUGCACUUGUGAAAUCAUCCCCACAAAAUAAUUACAACCAACCCAUACCCRUUGUUCGACAAGACGCUGAUGUGAAUCCAGAUGGAACCCACAGUUACCUUUACGAGACCGGUAAUGGGAUUUAUGAAGACCAACAGGGGUUUCCAAAAGGGCCUGAUAAUCAAGCGGUUCAAGGACAAUUCCAGUAUCAGUCUCCCGAAGGACAAAUAAUUCGUGUUGUGUACACCGCAGAUGAAAAUGGGUUUAGGCCACAGGGAGACCAUCUACCAACCCCACCUCCUAUUCCGCCGGAAAUUCAAAAAGCCUUGGAUUAUUUAGCUACGCUGCCUCCUCGCGCAGAUGAAAUUUAA